AUGGGCGAUCAGGGAGGUCGUCUCUCAUUCGAGGGCUUCGUAGUUCGACCCCCGGUUGACCCACUUCCCUGUCGGAACAGACACAAACAAGAAGUGUUGACGCGACAUUGCCAUGCCAACAAUGGCAUCCUCAGGCUACCUUCGUUUCGAAAACAUCUGGUUACUCACAGAAGCCGAUCCAUCGGACUAUCUGAUACUGAGAAAUGUUCAGCAGAUAAGGGUGAAAUAUUGGCGCUGGGGUUUCGGUGUUUGGCUGUCAGAGUAUCCUCUGACUUUCAAGAGCAACCAGAAAAUCUGAGAAAUGUCCGACAUGCUAAGCGUAAUGCGAUAGAGGUCAAGUCCGAUACCCCGACAACGUAG